UGUAAAUCGUGCUGCAUGGGUUGCCCUCGGACUAAGUGCCGAAUUUGGUGUCCCAACUUUUCUCGGAGGCACGAACUGAAUUUAUGUUAUUCCUUUGGUCCAGGUGGAGAUCUUGCAACCCAAAGAAGAUGUCAAGACGCAGUAGCCGUUUGCAAGCCAAGCAGCAGCAGCCGCUGUCAUGUCAGGAAGAGUCUCCAGAAGAACUGCAGGCACCAGAACACCUCCAGACCAGAAAAAGGAGGACAGCAGAGCAGGAGAUAAAGAAAAGAGAAGAUGGAAAAAUUGCUAAAAAACAUCAAUAUGAGAUUAAGAGCUGUUGGCCGCCCACGAUAACAGGAGGCGUCUCGCCUUGCAUAAUUAUUGAAACACCUCAUAAGGAAUCUGUAACCACUGACUUCUCCAGAUUCAAAAAAUACAGGUUCAGAAACCUCUUCAUAAAUCCAUCACCUUUGCCUGAACUCAACUGGGGAAAUUCCAAAGAUGUCUGGCUCAACAUCCUGAAAAAGGAGAACAGAUACGCUCAUUGCAAGCAUUUCACAUCGCUGCAUUCUAGCUUGCAACCGCACAUGAGAUCAAUACUGCUAGACUGGCUCCUAGAGGUAUGUGAGGUGUAUGCACUCCACAGGGAAACCUUCUACCUAGCUCAAGACUUUUUUGAUAGAUUCAUGUUGACACAAAAGAACAUUAACAAGAGCAUGCUUCAGCUCAUAGGAAUUACCUCAUUGUUCAUUGCCUCCAAACUUGAGGAAAUCUACGCUCCUAAAAUUCAAGAAUUUGCUUAUGUCACUGAUGGUGCUUGCAGUGAAGAUGAUAUAAUAAGAAUGGAACUUAUUAUGUUAAAGGCUUUAAAAUGGGAACUGUGUCCAGUGACAAUAAUCUCUUGGCUGAACCUUUAUCUUCAAGUGGAUGCUCUGAAGGAUGUUCCAAAAGUGCUGCUACCUCAGUAUUCUCAGGAAAAAUUCAUUCAGAUAGCACAGCUCUUAGACCUGUGUAUUCUGGAUGUGAAUUCUUUGGACUUCCAGUAUAGAACACUAGCUGCUGCUGCACUCUGCCACUAUACCUCAACCGAAGUAGUUAAGAAAGCUUCAGGCUUAGAUUGGGACAGCAUUUCAGAAUGCGUAGAAUGGAUGGUUCCUUUUGCAAGCGUCACAAGAAAAGUCCCUGUGAAACUGAAGAAUUUUAAGAAGGUUGCAGUAGAAGAUCGGCAUAAUAUCCAAACACACACAAGUUACUUGGACAUGCUGGAAGAAGUUAAUAGUGGAGUAGCAUCUACAGCCCCAGGUCAGUUAUCUCCAGUGUCUACAGCAGGAAUAAUAACACCUCCCCACAGUACAGAGAAGAAAUGAAAACUGAGCAAAUACCAUUGUGAACAGUUCCAGAAGCAGGACUUGGUGCUUCAGAGCAAGACUGUACUGAAGCUGACUCCCUCUAAUGCUCUGUACUGCUAUUCAAGACUGGGGCAGUAAAAGACAUGUUAUACUGAGCAGUGGAUGGAAAUUAAAGACCUCCUCCUACAGACUUGACAAAAGAAUUUUAAGGCCAAUUGUCCUUUUCUGUGUUAAUGCAGGAAGCUGGACUAUUCCAGUCCAUUCUCAAACAGGACUAGUUCAACUCCGAACAUUCCUAAUUUAAAUUAUGAAUUAUGGAUUUCAAGAACUUGUUUUGAAAUGGCUGAGUGGCAAAGCUUGUCCACUCAACUCACAUAUCACACUUGCUUUAAUUUGGGAUAGCCAGACAGAGAGUGAGAACUUGAUGACAGUUUGUACAUAUUACCUAUUCUUGACUCUUUUCUUUUCUUGGUAUGGUCAGAGCUUGAUUUCUAAACUUAGUCACCCUAUGAGCUCAGGUGGAAGAUUACAGAGGUCAGUGGUUAAGCAGUUUACUCUUCUAAAACCACUCUGCCACUGCAUUAACAUGGAGCCAGUCCUGGAUCAAAUUCUAGCUCUGCAUGGGGCUGAUGAAUUUAAGAUGGCUCUAGGGCUGUUGUAAACAUAUUCUUAAAGUGUAUCACUGACCUCAGGUAAUAAGAGUACAACUAAAGAACGUGCUGCUGAAGUAACCUUAACUGGAAGAAGUACAGUCCUUGAAGGAGUUAUUUGACAAGAUCCAUCCAACCCUCAACUUUCAAAAGACAGAAACAGCUAGAACUGGAGAGGGUAUGGGGAAGAAAAAAAAAAAUCUGAAUUGCAGGUACUCUACAACCACUCAAGUAGUAUGAACAGUAUUUUUAAAAGCAACUGUGGAGCUUUAUUUUUAUCAGUGUUUAUAAGCAGCAUUAACUACUGUGUUUUCCUCAGAACACUCACUACCUCUGCCUAUGAGGUGCUUAACUUCUGCUGAAGGGAUAGUACUGAGAAAGAGCGAUGUCAUUCCUUCUCCCUUUUUCAAGACGCUCCUACUUGUGCCUCCCUUCUAGCAGUAACAAUUUUGUAUGAGGUGGAGCAGUUCAUGAAACUGUACUUGAGCUUCAAAUGACACCAGUGUCCUUUUUUUUUAUGUUGUCUUAAAUUUGAG